UAAUUUAGUCAUUGCCCACAAUGCAUCAGUUGAUUGAUUUCACCUUCGACCUGAAUAAUACAACAAAGGAGUGCGUGUAAAAUACGGGAACGAAAGGGUUAGCGAAUGAAGGUUUCUUAAAUCGGGAUUUACUCUUUCCGGUCUUAAUUUUCAUCAUAUUUCGCAUUUUUGUUUGAAAGAAUGGAGAAGAAAGAGAAGGAUUCCGGUGGCAGCACCAACACUAGCGGCGACGAAGGUGCUAAAAAGAAGGAGAGGAGCAGCCCUCCGCAGACCCAACAAGUGACCGCUGCAAGCCAACCCUCCGCCUCGGCAUCCGCCUCCUCAGCUAGCGCUAGCGCUAGUGGAGCGGCACAGAAGCCGACUAUGAUGAUGAUGGCUUCUAGCAGCAGUGGGAAGUCCUCGGGUUCCCAUCAAGGUUCGGGCUCAGGGAAACAUCAUCCUACGCCAGUUUACAGCAUCAUGCCUCCUUCAUCGAGCCAUGGAUCAAUUCACCACAAGGGCCACGCAAAUGGAAGUGAUGAACCUCUCAGAAGAACAAGCAGGAGGAAAAGACCUCGGGUGGAGUAUCGGGAAAUGGAUGAGAAGUUGGCCAAUCUGUCCGAGGAUGAGUACUUCUCAGAAGAAGAAAGACAGUCCAAGAGAACGGCAAAAAUCCCGGAAGAAGAGGAACCAGAAGAAGAACUGUCAGAACCCAAAGGUUUGGAGGGUGCUGCCUUCUCGGCGCGUCUACCCCACGAUAAGAUGACAUCUCAAGAGGCUGCUUGCUUUCCUGAUAUCAUCCAGAGUCCCAUGCAAACACAGAAACUAUUCUUGUACAUCAGGAACAGGAUCCUUCAACUAUGGCUGGAGAACCCUAAAGUACAGCUGACCUGUGCGAUUGCCCUUCCACAGAUCGAAGCUCCGUACAACAGUGAUGUCCAGCUCAUAGUUCGAGUUCAUGCCUACUUAGAGAGGCAUGGCUAUAUCAACUUUGGUGUCUACAAGAGGCUGCAACCGCCAACGCAAAAAUCUACGUUCAAGGUCAUCAUCAUUGGCUCGGGUAUAGCUGGGCUGACCGCUGGGAGGCAGCUCCAGACCUUCGGCAUCGACGUCAUCCUCCUCGAAGCUCGAGAUCGAGUCGGUGGUCGAGUGACCACCUACCGUAAGAACAACUACGUGGCUGACCUCGGUGCCAUGGUGGUCACUGGUCUGGGUGGGAACCCGAUGACCAUCAUCAGCAAGCAGGUCAACAUGGAGCUGGCAAAGGUCAAACAGAAGUGUCCACUCUUUGAGAGUGGAGGGCAAACGCAAAUCCCCAAGGACAAAGAUGAGAUGGUUGAAAGAGAAUUCAAUCGAUUACUGGAAGCCACCUCCUACCUCUCUCACCAGCUAGACUUCAACUACCUCAAUGGCAAGCCUGUCUCAUUGGGCGAGGCUCUGGAACUAGUCAUAAAGUUACAAGAGAAGCAAGUCAAAGAGAAGAAGGGAGACUAUCUGAGGAAUAUCAUCCUUCUACAAGAUGAGCUGAAGCAAGUGCAGUCUAAGAUCCUGUCUUUACAAGAUAAGAUCAAGGAGCUGAACCGCCAGCACAAGAAAGCAACGGAGAGCAAGCAGACGAGGGACAUCACAGCAGAGUUUGUGGUUCGCAGUAAACUCAGAGAUCUCAAUGCAGCAUGCAAGGAUUAUGACGUUGAGAAAGAGAAACAGAAGGAACUGGAAGAGAAGAUCCAAGACCUAGAAAACAAUCCUCCAAGCGAUGUAUACCUCUCGUCCAGGGACCGUCAGAUCCUUGACUGGCACUUUGCCAAUCUGGAGUUUGCCAAUGCCACGCCCCUCUCCACCCUCUCCCUCAAGCACUGGGAUCAGGACGACGACUUUGAGUUCUCGGGCAGCCACCUGACCGUCCGCAAUGGCUACUCCUGCGUCCCCGUGGCCCUGUCAGAGGGACUGGACAUCAAGCUCAACACGGUGGUCAGGCAGAUCAAGUACACAUCCACAGGUGUCGAGGUUGUGACCCAGAGCAUCAAAGGUCAAGGAGGAAGCUGUACGUACAAGGCCGAUGCAGCCCUCUGCACCCUCCCUCUAGGGGUGCUCAAGCAGGCCCCGCCCGUGGUCCACUUCUCACCCCCUCUGCCGGAGUGGAAGACGAGUGCCGUCCAGAGAAUGGGAUACGGCAAUCUUAAUAAGGUGGUGCUGUGUUUCGACAAAUGCUUCUGGGACCCCGUCAUCAACCUCUUUGGGCACGUCGGAAGCACGACGGCUAGCCGUGGGGAGCUCUUCCUCUUCUGGAACCUCUACAAGGCCCCUGUCCUCCUGGCCCUGGUGGCUGGCGAGGCUGCGCAGAUCAUGGAGAAUGUCAGCGAUGACGUCAUCGUUGGGCGAUGUCUGACCGUACUCAGGGGCAUCUUUGGCAACAACGCUGUGCAACAGCCCAAAGAUGCUGUGGUAACUCGCUGGCGUGCAGACCCAUGGUCCAGGGGAUCCUACUCCUACGUAGCCGCAGGAUCAUCGGGCAACGACUACGACCUGAUGGCCACGCCCGUCACUCCUACACCCAUCGUGCCUGGAGCGCCACCACAGGCCAACAACCUCCCGCGGCUCUUCUUUGCAGGCGAACACACCAUCAGGAACUACCCCGCCACAGUCCAUGGUGCGCUUCUGAGUGGUCUUCGGGAGGCAGGGCGCAUCGCUGAUCAGUUCCUGGGAUCUCCAUACGCUCCACCAGCUAGGAGAUAAAAUCAGACUCGGAAGAGAACUGUUACAUACAGUCAAACCUGUCUACAGUGACUGCCAAAGUGUGCAUGUUGUAGACAGGUGGUCUUUGUAGACAGGUUCCUUUUGUACAUGUUUCAGUGAGAAACCAUUUCAAGGGAAACAAACAAUGUGCUUGUUGUAGACAGGUGGUCACUAAAGCAGGUUUGUCAUUGAUGGUCUUUGUCCAAUUUUCUACAGGACAUUCUGGCAGGCGUCUUGUUGUCCCAUUGCCUGUUAAAAAGAAACUUUUGUUUAUCUCUGUUCCUUUGGAACUGUCAUCGGCAUCUUUCUUCUGUUUCCUAAAAGACAUUCUCUUCGGGAAUGGGAUGAUUCAUUAGUAAACGGGUUAACUGUAGGAUUUGUGCUAGGUGAAUGAAAUUGCCUUAGCUCUGUGUAUGCUAUCACCCUGUGGUAUCUUCUGCACUAGACGACAUAAGCUGAACUAGGAUAUGCACUUUCUGUAGAACAGAACAUGGUUGAUUGAGAGAAUCAAACACCACAUGCACAAUUGUCACCUUACGAUAUACGUUGUUAAUGUUCGACUUUCUCCAAUUUGUUCUUGGAGCAUAAAAAUAGAAAUGAAAUGACUUUUGCUAGCGGGCAAGUUGCACAUUUAGUUACUUUAUAAUAUAUCAAGCACUGAUUUGAACUGUGUUUGUUUAUACAUGAAAGUCUUACCUCAGCCCAAACUACUGUGAAGCACAGACCAGCCCAUGGCAUCGCCAUGGCUAAGUGGUAGAGCAGUUGUCUCGUAAGGGGGAGAUCCCGGGUUUGAAACCAAAGCGAUGAGCUAGUGCCCUUUGGCAAGGCAUUAUUCCUCAUUACCUAUUCACUGGGAAAGGACUUUAAUAAAGUCAUCGGUCCCCUGGUUGCUUACUUAUAAGCAUACACAUGCUUUCUUUGCAGGCAGGCUAAACAAACUAACCCCUUCAAUAUUGUGUGUGUUUAUUAUUAAAGGCCAACACUAUUCGCUUGCCUCUCUAAACAUUUGUGGGUAAUUUAGAUUCAGGGAGUUGGAUUAUCUAGCCUUUCUAGGGAGAUGACCCUUCAACUAAGGUUGUAAAUACGAAGCAAUUAAGUCAGAACUGUAAAGUGUAAAUAUUUGUAAAGUACAAUGUACAAAUGAGACAUGGUCUCCAUUGCAUUUCUUAUUGCUAUUAUCAGGGUGAUCAUAUUUUUGUGUGUAAGUCAGUGUAUAUAUGAAAUGUGCAAGGCUGGAUGCUACUUUGCUCAAGCCCUUGGAUACUGCUGUUACGUUUUAUGAAACAAAGCCCAAUAGAGAUGUGUGUUCCAAGAAA